GUACACCAAACGCACUACAAAAUAAAUAUUUCGCUAGGAACAAUAGUGGCGAAAACUCCUCUUCGUUGUUGAAGCAAAAUUUUUGAACGCGAAAUGAAAUUCCACGUAUUUCUCUUUGUAUGCGCUGCACUCGUCGCCGUCACCACCAGCAGCCGCAUUCCCAUUGAGGAUGGCAUCGAAUGUCCCACAGAGCAAUUGGACACUUCGGAUGUGGUGCAAAUCGCGUCGCCCAGCAACUGUGGUAUUUUCUACAAGUGUGAACGUGGACGGCCAAUAGUGAAUAAAUGUCCGGAGGGCUUGCAUUAUAACACGCGCUUGAUGGUUUGUGACCAUCCAUCACGUGCUCAAUGUGUACCAAUCAAUCCUGAAUACUAACUUUUGUAAAAUGCAUUUGAGUUAAUAAAGAUGAGACUAAUAAA